GAAUUUAACUUUCAUAGCAACACCUUCAAAAACAUAUUGACUUCCUUUGGUUCAUAUAGUUUUUUUAGCCAAUAGAAGAGUUUAUCUUACAGUGUAAGAAAGCACUAUUGGAAACUUCCAGGAACAUACUUUGUGAGAAGGCAACCACUUUGCAAAGAAAUGAUGUAAGAAGUAGUAAAGCUAAGUUCCGAAUUCUUAUUUUGAGCAUAUUGCAAAGAAUUUCUCACUUUUCAUUUAUGUUUGAAUUGCAUGUCAAAGAAACAGUUUUUGAUUGCAAGCCGCCAAGUGUUUUGUUGUUUUUGUCAUUGAUGAUUUUUGAGAGUUGGCUGAGGCAAUUAGAAAAGCCAAAUUGGUUGACAGCUCGGCUCGCAUCUUAGACAAUGCGCCAACUUGGAGUUUACGAGUAGCUCUGUGAAAGUUGAUGGGCCACCUGUCCGUACCAAAAAGAUUGGUUGUAACAUAAUAUCUUUUGACAUUUAAAUGUUGACCAUUCAUCGUCUUGCCAUACAAGUACCAAUAAACAUAUAAACAUGUUAACUUUAUACCAGCAGUGUUGUCAAUUGGUCGGAAAACUUGAUUGCCUAUAGUCUGAAUCUCUCCUUAACUAGCAUAUGACAGCAGGUUUAAUAAGGUUGGCUGUCAGUUACUUUUGGAUCAAAUCUUUGUUGUGAUGAUAGAAUUUUGAAACCUAUUUGUCAUUAAGACUUAAUCAAUCAAUACAGAAUUUUCAGUACUUUCCUAAUUAUGGACGAAAUCGUUCUGUCAUGCCAGGAUCGCGUUCAGUAUGAAAAUAGAUCAGAUUCAAAUUGGUGCAGUGGCUCGAAUGAAGUUGGACACAGAGGUAGUGGGUCACACAGUCGUUCUUCAGAAACUCAGAUAAACUCAACGGAUAUUACUGUUGGAUUUUCAGAGGGAGCUAACAUAAAAGUAGAAGAAGAGAACACAAGUGAAGAAGGCACUCGUUACGAAGAAGACACCAGAGAGAAAUCAAAGGAGCGGAAACGUGGAACUUUUCCAAAAAUUGCCACGAAUAUCUUGAAAUCAUGGCUUUUUCAGCAUUUAUCGCACCCGUACCCUUCUGAAGAGCAGAAGAGAAUGCUAACAAGUCAAACUGGAUUGACCUUUCUACAAGUCAAUAACUGGUUUAUCAACGCAAGAAGACGAAUCGUGCAACCUAUGAUUGAGAAGUCAGCACGUCUUGGAAAGCCAGCCAUUGCUGGUACGUUUAAAACAAGAAAACGGAAGGCUGAUGAGAUUGGCCCACAUUACCCUAAUGUUAGCCAUUACCCAAUCAUAUAUCAACAAGAUCAGCAUUUCCCGAAUGUUCAUACCGGCUACUAUCAAGAAGAUACUGCUAGUCAAAGCUACUACAAUCCGCGCCCAUACUUUCCUUACAUGGAACCUUCUACAGGCUCUUCAACACAGAGCAGCAGUCUUUCUCGUUGCCAGGUUUUACCGUUCUCCCAUCGUACUCAUAGCGUGUCACCUUCCUUCCACACGACAAAUUACCAUGGAGGUAUUCUGACACCGCCUGCAGGCAACUUCGCUCACCAUACAUAUCAUAUUGCGCAUCAAUCUGUUCUACCACACUCGAGUCAGCCCGGAAUACCGACACACCCACCAAUGUCCGACCCGAUUUUUGAUCCUCAUUACUAGAACAACUUAACCUUUGUGAAUUCUAAUUUUCAUUUAGUAAUAAUACUGCAUGUUUCCAACAGAAAAACAAUUUUAUCACUUUCACUGUUGAUGUAACAUUUUAAGCUAAAGUGAAGGACAGCAUCGAAAAAUGACAGUCCAAAUCUUGUUAUUCUAGCUUUUGUGGAAAAUUAUCGAAUCAUGUAAAGUUUUACAACAGAAUUUGAUUUUCAUACGAAUUAAGGAAAUUCAGAUUAUCUGGCAGCUUAAUUUUCUUGUUGUGAUUUUAAUUAUACACUGGGUAAAUAUUAAAAUGCGAUAAUUUACAUCUCUUUUCUGAAUUUUAAAAUUUUAGCAUCUAGUAAGAACUAUAUUUUUCAGUCAAAUUAACAAAUGUGGUCAAAUAUGGACUGAAUAGUAAAUAGCCGAUAAAGCAAGUCAAUAAAGUAAUACAAUUACUUAUUGCAUUUCAUAUUCAAAUCGCCAAUAUUUAUGACAAUAUUUCUGCAAAAUUAGCAAAGGCUACACAAAAGUAUUUUAAAAAUGCAUUUCUUGCUAGGUGUUACAAUUACAUGAUACUUCUCUAUGUUAAAGAUCAAUGUAUGGAAAAUAUUCCGAGCAUAAUAUUUAGUUUAAAUGGAUGAAAUUCAAGUUACUGCAAAUAUUUUGUAAUUUUGUCGAUUAUUGAAUUGUAGACGGAAAAAAAUCGAAGUCAUUUGACGUAACAUGUCAUUAUAUUAAAAAAGACUUCAUCUUAUCAAAUAGCCAUUGACAAUACGUUCGAUAUUUCUCAAAAUGUAAACUUAAUUUUAUUAUAUCAUUUUUAAUUUCCAGUCCAUCAGUUAUAGCAGGACAUUAGCCUAGAAGCUCUUUUAUUCAUGUAGAGGGCAUUUUGAAAUUUUGUGGCAUACUGCUACUUCAUUUUAAAAACAAAUUUGCCUAAAACCUGUUUUCAGGAUUUAUUUUUAGAUAUUUUAGCUGGUUGAAGUGAACGUUUUAGCUCUUAGAUUAUAGUUUUUUUUAAAUCAAAGUUCAAAACUUGAUUAUGUUGCCUAAGAUAUGUAAAACUUAAGUAUGAAUUUGUCAGCAUCAAAUGCUUUUAGUAUCAAUUAAUAAUCGUUUAUUUUCUUCUUGAUAUUUCUUAUCUUGGUCCUAGAUUCAUCUAAUGAAACAUUAGGAGCUUGUUGCCUUUGAAUUCAGUCAUGAUAUUGACAAAUCGAUAUUGUAACAAAUUGGAUUGCACUACACAUUUUAUGUUUGAGCCUAGAUCAUUCGUAGAACCUUACUUUAAGUUCAUGUAAAAAGCACCUAUGUUAUUCUUCACACAAAUGGAGCCCAAAAUAUAAUUGAAUGCUCGGUGGAAGGCACACAUAGGAAUAUACUGUAAUUGCAUGAACCAUUCAAGCAUUUCGAACUAUUUAACUAAACUUUCUAGAGGCAUUUGUUAUUUUGAUACAAAUAUUCAACACGACCCUAACUUGUUGUUCUCGGAACAACUGGUCCUAAUUAGAGGGUUCUAAAUUAAUGUCUUCAUCAUUCACUUGAAUAAUUGUAACAUAAUUACGUAAACUUCAGCAAUCAGCAAUAAUCUUUAAAUUACUUGAUAUUCAAGCUGGAAAGAAAGAACAGUGAAAAACAGUCACCCACAUUAUCAUGAU